AUGUUCCAAGAGCACUACAAUGCUCUCUUCUCCAUGGAAUUUGUGGAGACCAAGUAUCCACAAGAUGACACAAUGAGGGCGCUUGAGAUCUUUGAGGAUGUGGAGUUGGUACUCAAGAACAUGCAAUUGGCAAAGUUCUUCUCUCACCGCAUGGAGUCCUACAAGGAGCUCACUUGUGAGUUUUUGGCAUCGAUGAGGUAUCACCAAUUCGAUGCGCUCGAUCGAGCUGAGUUGGACCAAGGCUGGGGAUGGAUUACUUUCUUGGCAAAGGGAGAGAGGAAGAUGGUAACCUUCAGACAGCUAGAGAUACUCUUUGGCUUCACUUAUGGAGAAGGAAACCUAUGGAAUAUCAAGGAAGAUGAACUCCAAAGAGUAUGGGCUACAAUCGUUGAAGAGGGAUACUCUUCUUCAAGGUCAAAGGCUGCCCAAAUCAGGAGCCCAGUGCUGAGAUAUGUCCACAAAGCUCUUGCCAACACCUUCUUUGCAAGGAAAGCCACUGGUACAAUCAAUGAAGGAGAAGUCAAGCUCCUUGACAUGGGAAUUAAGCCCAUCAUCUCACGCACAAGAGAUGGGAAGAAGAUCAGAGGAGAUAGGGCACACGCAGGAAACCUCAUGCCUCUCCUUGAGCAGCUGCUCUCCUACAAGGUCACGGCCUACAACACUCGGUUUCAAACGGGAAGGAAACUUAGUGUUGGAGGAGUCAUCACGCCAAUCCUUUGUGCGGCUGGGGUCCAACUGAACAAGAGGAUGUCAACUCCAGCUGGAUGGAUGGACAUCAAGUUUUGCAAGACAAACCUCCUCAUAGAACACAAGGAGUUGGAUGGGAGGUACCAAUUCAAGUUCACACAUCCACUGGCUGGCCCUUCCAAGCUUCUCCUGCCCAACCCAGAGCUCACCACAGUUGUCAGGGGUGAGAACAUCGACUUCAGACCCCCAGUGUACACGCUAGUUGAGCAUGAGGAUGAGUUGCGAGAAGAGGAGCCUGAACUCGAUCGAGCAGAGGAUCGAGCUGAGGUUCGAGCUGAGGAUCAAGUUCAGGAGAAUGAAGAUCUGGGUGAGCCUGAGUGUUACUAUUUUGAAGAAUAUGAAGCUCCAAGGAUGAACCCCUCUGUUGUGGCUGCUUACAAGAGGAUUAGACUUCUUCAAAAGUUCAACAAAUGGCAAGGGAAGGCCAUUGAAAAGAUGCAAAAGUCCAUGGACAAGAUGGUGAGCAAGAUCAAGAGUUUGGAGAAGAAAGUUUCUGGUUCUUCAUCCAAGAAGAAGAAGGCAACCAUGGCCCCCACAUUCCCAAGGAGUAGAUCUCUCCUCACCACUCCAAGGAGGCUUCCUGCCCAAGAGCCUCACAGAGCCUCAUCAUUUGAGCCAAGGGAAGGAGAAGACAACUCGCAGAGAAGGAGGAAGAGUUCCAAGGCUCGACGCUCUAACUCGACCACAUGA